GUAUGUAAGGGAGGUAAUCAGAAUUGGUUGCCUUUCUUGUCAAAAUAAGGCGCGUUUAUUUUCAAGUGUGAUUAUAGAUUAUGUAAUUUAAGAUCUUAUGCUGCUCUCAAUAUUAUAGCAUUUUUCUAGAAAUUGCAUGUACGCAGUUGCACAGCUAGUCAUUACAGAGGUUCACAUCCACAAAAGUCAAGAUUGCUGUAAUCAACUUGAUCAAGCAAGCAGUUUUGACGUACGGAUCUACGUGCGCAUGAAACGGAGCUGUAGCUUACAACGAAAGUCCAUAUAGCCCAAUGUCUUUAUCCAUCAAAAAGUCAUAUAGUCAAGAGCUUCCCCACUACCCUGAAGAAUGACAAGUGUUGUCAACAAUCAUGAAUUGCUGAUGUCAAAAUUACCAGAGCAGUGGCGACGCCUCUUCGAACUGUUAUCCUUAGACAGUUACGGAGAUAAACUAUCCCAAGCAUGGUACAAGCGCGAAGCAGAGGCAACAAAGAGAACAUGGGAAAGCCUUCUACAGGCUGUUGUUCAACUGGAGCCCACUAUCGAAGGAGAAUGCCUUAACUUCUAUCCAUUGUUGGUCUGCCUUCAAGAAAAUGUUGCCAAAGGAUUCAUGAAUUUUCUUCUUAAACAGCAGUACAAUGUGUCUGCUGACAGCAUACAUCACUUUAUAAGAACAAUGAUGAUUUAUCUUCCACCAUCACACUGGUGUGUGCCACAAUGCACCAAACUCUUCAAAAGUCUUGCAAAAAGGACAGUUGAGAUUGAUCAACAGGCUGCACAAUCCUGGGGUGAUGGUGAGGACACAUUGGAUAGGUGUGCUGUCUUUUCAAAAAGCCCAGAAGAAAAAGAUUCGAGUGAAGAAACACAGCAUGAUAAACAGUUGUCGUUGGCUCUUGGCUGCAAUCAAGGUUUGAAAGACAUUAUAAUGAAUGUUCAUUCUAUCAGUGGGACAGAUGUCAAGAGUUUGAGAAACAUGUCUUUUACUCUUAUGGAAAACAGUAAGACUGAACAAAAGGAAUGUUCUGCUAAACAAGAGCAGGAGAUAGAAGAAUCCUGCUCACAGAAUAAUGAAGUAGCUAAGUUAAAUCCUAGAGAUGAGUUAAGAAGAAGCACCCCUGCAGAGCAUAAUGGAGAUAUUUUAUGCAUUGAGUCUCAGAUUCAAAAAGUGCGAGAAGCAUGGCUUACUGGACAGAAACAGAUGCCUGCUGAAGUUCAAACACUUGUCAUGGUACCACCUUCUCAGAUGGAGACAGUGUGUCAGCUUUUGGGACUGUCAGACCUCUCAGAGAUGUCACUACUUGUGGCAGCCGACCACGUGAGUUCCCUGGCAGAAAUGCUUAGUGAACAAAGCAGCAUCACUUUGAUUCGUGGCAUGAUUGAGAAUAAGUUUGCUCAGCUGAUGACACCAUCACGUCUUUUCACCACUUGUCUGACUACAUUAGCUGCUGCCUUUCCAAAGGAACUCACCAGCAUCCUCUGUUUAUGCCUCUCUUUGUACUCCUCCAGUAUUGGCCAAGCACAAACAGUGGCUUCAUUAUGUAAGACAGCCUUUGAUAAAAGAACCUUAAGUUAUUUUAUAAGAGAGUUCUGCCAAAGCAAAGUACCUGUAGAGGAGAACACUUUGAUCAUGGCACAGAGCAUCAUUGAUCAGCACCCUGAGUUAGAUUCAGGCAUCAUUGCUGCCAUGCUAGCAUGGCUAGAAGCCACUGCCAUUCAGAAUGCACAGAGUGCUAAGUAUGGCCGCUUGGUACUAUGUCUUGUCAAGACUUACAGGGCACAGCUGGGCACUUGCCAUCUAGCCUCUCUUAGAGGGAUUGUUGACGCUCACAAGUCUGUGAUAUGUAGAUCGCUACAACAGCUCCUCAAAAACCUGAAUUGAAACCUCAUUAGACCACUUCAUGCGUUCAUUUGAAGACAGCAACCUAUUUGCUAUUAUGUGUUUUGUUCAGAAAGAUGCAGGAUGAGACGUGAAACUGUUUAAUAAUACCUGAACACUGGAAACUACUCAAAACAAUUAAAAUUUUUAAGAGUUGCUGAAAAGGAGUUGCUUUUUUGUGUCCACACAUUAAAUGGCUAAAGUCUUUGUUUCAGA